GGCGGCGGCGUUUUGACGUCACUCACUGGGAGUUAAUUUUAAACCUGGACAAGAUGGCGGAAGGGGACGCGGUUCGGCAGCGAGAGCGGAGGGGAGAGCCGCCCCGGAGGCAACAGCCGCAGCCUCCGCAGCAGGACCUGGCAGGAGAAACCUAUGUGGAUGCGGAAGAGGAUGCUGUUUUUGUUUCUGAAGAAGAGGUGGUUACAGAGAAGCCAUGCCCCAUACAAAUUGUUCUUGCUCAUGAAGAUGAUCAUAAGUUUGACCUGGAUGAAGCAGCAUUGGAAAGAAUCUUACUGCAGGAGCACAUAAGAGAUCUCAAUAUUGUAGUUGUUUCUGUAGCUGGAGCAUUCCGUAAAGGCAAAUCCUUUCUUUUGGACUUCAUGCUUAGGUAUAUGUACAACAAGGAAUCAGCAGCUUGGAUAGGUGGAAGUAACGAGCCAUUGACUGGGUUUACAUGGAGAGGAGGCUGCGAGAGAGAAACAACUGGCAUUCAGGUUUGGAGUGAGGUGUUCAUAAUUCCCAAGCCUGAUGGAACAAAGGUUGCUGUGCUACUAAUGGAUACCCAAGGUGCCUUUGAUAGCCAAUCAACUAUCAAAGACUGUGCCACGGUAUUUGCUCUGAGCACCAUGACAAGUUCAGUCCAGGUGUACAAUUUAUCACAAAAUAUUCAAGAAGAUGAUCUUCAGCAUUUGCAGCUAUUUACAGAGUAUGGAAGGCUAGCUAUGGAAGAAAUUUACCAAAAGCCAUUUCAGACACUUAUGUUCUUAAUUAGAGACUGGAGCUAUCCGUAUGAGCAUCCAUAUGGCUUAACAGGAGGACAACAAUUUCUAGAAAAGCGGUUGCAGGUAAAGCUACAUCAACAUGAAGAGCUCCAGAAUGUAAGGAAGCAUAUUCAUUCAUGUUUCAGUAAUCUUGGCUGUUUCCUGUUGCCACACCCUGGUCUUAAAGUUGCAACUAACCCAAACUUUGAUGGGAGGCUAAACGACAUAGAUGACGACUUUAAGAGAGAGCUUCGGAAUUUGGUUCCUCUGCUGCUUGCCCCUGAAAAUCUGGUAGAAAAAGAGAUCAGUGGCUCAAAGGUGACGUGUAGAGAUCUUGUGCAAUAUUUUAAGGCGUAUAUUAAAAUCUAUCAAGGAGAGGAACUACCUCAUCCUAAGUCCAUGCUCCAGGCAACAGCAGAAGCCAACAACCUUGCUGCAGUAGCUGGAGCAAAAGAUACUUACAACAAAGGAAUGGAGCAGAUUUGUGGUGGAGAUAAGCCUUACAUUGCUCCUGCAGACUUAGAACGAAAGCACCAAGAUCUGAAAGAACUUGCUAUAAAACAGUUUCGUUCAGUGAAAAAGAUGGGAGGUGAAGAGUUCUGUCGCCGUUACCAAGACCAACUGGAAGAAGAGCUAGAUGAAGUCUAUGCAAACUUUGUGAAGCACAAUGAUGGCAAAAACAUCUUUUAUGCUGCUCGUACUCCUGCCACUCUGUUUGCUGUUAUGUUUGCCAUGUAUAUAAUCUCAGGACUGACUGGUUUCCUUGGCAUGAACUCCAUAGCUACCUUAUGUAACCUCGUGAUGGGAUUAGCACUUGUCUCCCUUUGUACUUGGGCAUAUGUUAAAUACUCUGGGGAAUUCAGAGAAGUUGGAACACUCAUUGAUCAGAUGGCUGAAGUACUAUGGGAACAGGUGAUAAAACCACUUGGGGAUAAUUUGAUUGAGGAUACCAUGAGACAAUCGGUUACAAACUCUAUCAAAGCGGGCCUGACUGAACAGAUGUCUCAGCAUGCCAGAUUAAAGACAGAUUGACAGUUCAUCUCUUCAUCCCAUUCACCUGCUCAUUCUAGACUUGCUUGCUGUACAAUGAGAACUCAAUAAACCAAAGUUUACAUUUGACUGUAGAGAAGUAGUUUAGUCUUGACUGGCUUCCCAAUUUGCUGCCAUAGUAUUGUGGGAGAAUGGAGGGGGGUGGGCUCAGGAAAAUAAAUAUACUGAUUUUUAAGACUUGCUCCUUGGUUUGCUUCUAAGAUGCAGCCUGGUGCCAUGGAGACUGGAAAAUGGGGUUCUUAGCUAUGAUUCUGGUGUACUCUGUACCCAGAGGGAGAUGGUGUGGCCUCUUGUCUUAUAAAAACAUAUCCGCUGUAAAGGGUUUUUCAGGGAAGUAAUUACCAAUCCUAUACAAGGAAAUCUUUUUAACAGAAUGUAUGUAGCCACACAAUGUCCCUUUGAACAUUUAACUCCGAACACUUAUAAAUCAUUAACAUGAAUCCAGUUGGCAUAUCAGCAGUAGCAGUCAGCUGUGAAGUCAUGUUUGAGCCACUACAUUUAGCUAUUCCUUGCUUUACUGCCAGUAUUACCCAAAUGCAUGUAUAUUGUUCACCACAAAUUACAUUUAGAGGUAACAGUUGUAACUAAGGAAGCUAUCUUCAAGUGUACAUUGCCUUGCCUUUCUAAAUUUGGAGACUGCCCUACAGGAUAUGCAUAUCCAGAAAAAGCUGUUUUUCUCUGCAGUUUUAGCCUUCAUGUAUAUAUAAUAUGCCAUUAAUGUUCCUGGGGGAGAAUAUCCAUCCAAAAACAAAGACCGUUGCCUACAGCUACAAAGCAAUGAGUUAGGAUUGUCUGUACAGUGUGUCUAGUUAAUUUUUUAAGAAAUCACAGGGCAUGUAUAAAAUAUAAAUAUAUAAAUACGAUUUUGUAUCAAAAGUUUUGUAGUUUAUGGCAAAACCUGGUUCUGUGAUAGGCUAAGUACAGUCCCUGUAAAGGAAUGUUUGUGGCUCAUGUAAAUGUGUGAAUGCAUCGAAACAAUUUGGAGUUUUUGAUAUAUUUGUGAUAUUUACCUGCCUUGAGCACUGCAAUCUCACCCGAUGGGAAAUCAGUGGGAAUGUUUGUUGUGGAACUUUGUCUUCAGUUGCAUUUUAAAGUUAUUUCCUGUAAUUUAUUUUCCGGUAUAUUAUUAAAAUCAAUUGUGUAUAUAUGAAA